AUGCUUCUGUGGUGCCGAGUGAUCGUGAGACCUGUGGUGGAUAACACGUUGUUAGGAGGGGAAGACGGUCAACGGAGAGAAGAGACGUUGGUGGAGAGGGUGGCUUUGGCCGUUAGCUGUGGGACGUUGUGGUGGUGGAAGCUUCGAGAUGAAGUAGAGGCUUUGGGCGCGAAUCCGGCGAUCGUAUACGUCGUCGUUUCAUCAAUAAGCGUUUACACUCUAGUUCUUGGCCUAACCACCAAGAUCACAGCUGCAGACCCCAAACGUUCGAUUGCUUUUUAUCCACACGUCAGCAUCGCGUGGGUGACACUCUUCCUUGUUCAAGUCUCCGUCGGUUUAGGACUCCAAACAACGAUCUCCAACGGUUUAAUCAUCGGAAGCGAACGCAAUUUCUUGAGCAGGCUUGUGUUUUUCUUUGGUCUUCACGAGGUGAUGCUUCUGUGGUGCCGAGUGAUCGUGAGACCUGUGGUGGAUAACACGUUGUUAGGAGGGGAAGACGGUCAACGGAGAGAAGAGACGUUGGUGGAGAGGGUGGCUUUGGCCGUUAGCUGUGGGACGUUGUGGUGGUGGAAGCUUCGAGAUGAAGUAGAGGCUUUGGUUGGUGUGGCAGAGGCUAAAAGAGCAUUGUUGUUGUUGUUAUUGCCCAUCGAUGGUAACGUUGACGUUAGUUUUGAUGUGGGUACGUUGGAUUUUGUGAACUGGUGGUUAUAUUAUAUGGUUGUGACGAUUGGUAUGGUUAGGAUCGUUAAAGGGUCUUUGUUGUUUGGGAUGGUUUUGCUUUUCGAACAAGGUAGAAGAAGAAAUCCACGUGCAAGUCCUACGACUUCCAAUGUUGUUGUUGUUGAUGAUGAAGGUGACAAUAAAGUGUAA